CUUGCGACAUCCAUAAGAUGAUCUGAUUUGGGUGAGGCAUCGUCUUUUUUGUUCCGGGGGAGGAGAAAGGGAAAUAUCAGAAUUCUCAAAUUGGGCAAUUUUUCCGACCAGAUAAUCAGAAGAAACGUAAAUGGACUGGAGAGUAAUACCUUUGGUUAUUGUGAACGUGAUGUUGAGCUCUGCGACCUUGACCCCGGUAAUAUCAGUAUCAGGUGACGUUUACUUGGCGGGAAUAUUUACCAUAAAAUCCUCAACAUUUGAACAUGAAUGCAAUGGUCCAGUGUCUACCUCCUCAGUAAUGGGACUUGGAGCAGUCAAGUGGGCAGUUCGUCGACUUAACCAAAACAAUUUCAUUCCUGGGGUUCAAUUGGGUUUGAUUGCCUAUCCCACUUGUCUAUCUGAAGAGUUGGCCGGAUAUAGAGCAGUGGAAAUUUCCACAGCAAUCAAGGAAAAGUCAGAAAACAUCAUGGGAAUCGUCGGAGCGGAGAGGAGUUCCGAUUCCGAAUCAAUGUCAACAGUUCUCGCGAGACUUCCUCGUUCCAUUGCGCCACCUAUGAUCUCAUAUUCUUCUACCUCUGUGUCGCUUAGUGAUAAGUCGACGUUUCCCAACUUCUUCAGGACAAUUUAUUCAGAUAAAAUACAAGUCAAGGUUAUAAUCACUCUAAUGUUGGAAUUACAUUGGAACUACAUAUCUAUUGUGCACGAGAACAACGCAUACGGUCGACAUGGUGCUGAAGCAUUGAGAACACAACUCCUUAAUCACGGAAUUUGCAUUCGCACCGUUAAUGGUUUCAAUACUACAUACGGAGUUCAAAUAUCAGUUCUUAGUCAAAUAAUUUCAGAUGUCACCUUACCAAAAGGUGGCGCAGUCAGCGGAAUAGUUUUCUUUGGAGGACAGUCGUCUGCUGAGAAAUUGUUGACGGCCAUGAAGGACAUUAAUCUCGGAGAAGACACACCAUCAAUCAUUUUUUCAGAAGGUGUUGGAAUGUCUAAAGAGGUGUUUAAAGCAGAGACUAUUGCGGCAUCAAGAGGAAAUCUUGUAGUUAGCCCUAAAUAUCAACCGGUGGAUAGUUUCCUGGAACACUGGAAAGCUAUUUUUACGAAUAAAACAUUGCUAUUAUACGAAAUACAAACCAAUCCUUGGUUAAAGGAUGUUUUCUUGAU